AUGGCCGCAGCUCAAGAUUCCUGGUGGAAGAGGGCGAACUUGACCGUUUCGAAGGUCUUGUUCCAUUUGUUCUUUUGGGGUGUACAUAUUGGGAUCUUUGCUGCAGGAUGGUACCUGCAGGCAUCAAAUCCAAAGUUGGCGUCACUAAAUACACUUGGCUAUUCAGUCUGGAUAUCGCGAGGUGCAGGUCUCGUUCUUUCCAUCGAUUGCACUUUAAUCCUAUUUCCUAUGUGUCGGAACGUCCUCCGAUGGCUCAGACCACAGAUCAAAUGGCUACCACUAGAUGAAUCGGCGUGGUUCCAUCGGCAAAUAGCUUAUUCUAUACUAGUAUUCACAGCUAUUCACACUGCUGCUCACUAUGUCAACUUCUACCACAUCGAAAAGAGGCAACUCCGCCCAGAACUUGCAGUGGAGAUCCAUUUUGCUCGCGCAGGUGGUAUCACUGGCCAUGUCAUGCUCUUGUGCAUGAUGCUCAUGUAUACAACCGCACAUCACCGCAUCCGCCAACAAGCAUAUGAAACCUUCUGGUAUGCGCAUCACCUUUUUAUUCCGUUCAUGCUAGCUCUCUACACCCACUCCACUGGGUGCUUUGUCCGGGAUACCGCGAGCCCUAUCUCUCCUUUCGCAGGGAAACAGUUCUGGAAUCAUUGUCUUGGCUAUGAAGGAUGGAGAUGGGAGUUGGUCAUCGGAACUUUGUAUCUCUUCGAACGACUGUACAGGGAGAUCCGAUCCCGGCGCGUGACAGUCAUCACAAAAGUCAUUCGCCAUCCUUAUGCCGCCAUGGAGAUCCAGUUCCACAAACCAAGCAUGAAGUACAAAGCAGGACAAUGGUUAUUCCUUCAAGUGCCUGAUGUUUCCAGCACCCAAUGGCAUCCAUUCACCAUUACCUCCUGUCCCUUUGAUCCAUAUCUCAGCAUUCACGUCCGUCAAGUCGGAGAUUUCACCCGAGCACUUGGAGAUGCACUCGGUUGCGGUCCCGCCCAAGCCAAAGACCUUGAAGGUCUCGAUCCCAACGGCAUGUACGAAGUUGCCCUGCAGAACGGACAGACCAUGCCCUCCAUCCGCAUCGAUGGACCAUAUGGUGCACCCGCAGAAGACGUGUUCGACAACGAAAUCGCCGUGCUCAUCGGCACCGGCAUCGGCGUCACACCCUGGGCAUCUAUUCUCAAGAACAUUUGGCAUCUCCGCUCAAGUCCAAACCCUCCUCGCCGACUGCGACGUGUUGAGUUUAUCUGGGUCUGUAAGGAUACCUCGUCAUUUGAGUGGUUCCAAGCUCUGCUAUCUUCCCUCGAAGCCCAAUCCGCCAACACCGCUGCUAGCGAGGGAAGCACCGAGUUCUUGCGUAUCCACACCUACCUCACACAGCGUCUCGACGCCGAUACCGCUGCCAAUAUCUACCUCAACUCUGUCGGGCAGGCCCUUGACCCUCUCACCGAGCUAAAAAGUCGGACGAACUUUGGUCGUCCGGACUUCAAGCGACUCUUCACGGCUAUGCGGCUUGGCUUGCUGGACCAGUCCUACAUGACGGGUCUGCAGAGCGCUGCUACCACCGAAAUUGGUGUUUAUUUCUGUGGUCCUAAUACUGCUGCCAUGCAGAUUAGCGAUGCGGCCAAAUAUUCAUCAACCAGGGAUGUCCGGUUCAAAUUCUGGAAGGAACACUUCUAG